AUGAUAAUAACAGGAACGUCGAUACUGGCGUUUCCGUUGGUCUACAUAAUAUCUUGUUGGAGGCUCCUCGUACCAGGACGACAACAACAAGCGUAUUCCCCUGACGAUUUGAAAAUCUUUGGCUUCUUCCAUCCGUAUUGUUCUGGUGGUGGUGGAGGCGAACGUGUCUUGUGGAAAAUGAUUCAAUUUUUGCAACAGUACAACAAAUCAAUCGUCAUUUAUACGAUAGAUCCACCAGACACAGACGAAGCCAAGCUGCGGCAAGAUGCCUCGAGACGAUUUGAUGUGCAAAUUGACCAACCCGUCACGUUGAUUUCACUGGAGGAAUACAAGGAUUUUCUGUUACCAUCUCCGUACUUGUCUCUAAUUCUAGAAUCUUUUGGGACCAUGAAACUGGCGCGACAAGCCUUGAUACGGCACCAACCAGAUGUCUUUUGUGAUACCACAGGAUGUGCCUUUACCUUUUGUGUCGCCCAUUGGAUGUUGCCGGCCACGUCCAAGAUUCUGGCCUAUGUUCAUUAUCCUACCAUUAGCACGGAUAUGAUGCUGUGGGAAUGGAAGCAACGAGGGGUGGCCAGAAAGACGUGGAAGACUCUUGUGAAACUUGUAUAUUAUUGGAUGUUUGCCAUUUUGUAUGGAAUGGUUGGGAGUCUUGCUGAUUUGGUCAUGGUCAACUCGACAUGGACGUACAAUCAUAUUGCGAGAUUAUGGAGAUUAUCGAAACAUGUACACAUCGUAUAUCCACCCUGUCGGGUGCCUAGUACAACUAAUGAUGAGAUUUCUUCCAACGACAAGAGCAAGAUCAAUAGCAAAACGACGACGACGACGACGACAAGACAAAACACCAUUGUCAGCAUUGGACAAUUUCGACCGGAAAAGGAUCAUCCCUUGCAAGUCAAAUCAUUGGCAAAAUUACUAGAAUUGUAUCCAGAACACAGGGGGAAAGUAAAAUUGUUGCUCAUUGGCAGUUGCCGCAACAAUGGUGACCAAGAACGAGUCGACAAUUUGAAAAAAAUGGUUCAAGAAUUGAAACUCGAGGAUGCUGUCGACUUUUCCAUCAAUCCUCCUUAUUCAGAACUACAAGACUCCAUGUAUAAAGCUAGUAUUGGUAUCCAUACCAUGCGACAAGAACACUUUGGCAUUGGGAUUGUGGAAAUGAUGGCCGCGGGAUUGCUGACCAUUGCCCACAAUUCGGGUGGCCCUAAAACGGACAUUGUGGAGCAUGGUGUCACUGGAUUCUUGGCCACCACUGCCGAGGAAUACGCUCAAGUCAUUCAUCAAGCACUCCAACAAAAGAAUCCAGAAGAAAUGCGCCAAAAGGCCCAGCAAGCAGCAACGCGAUUUUCGGACUUGCAGUUUGACAUUUCGCUGGAGAAGGUUCUUUCCGAAGCCUCGUACAUUAACAAACAACCAGAUGACAAAAAGGAGGACUGA